UUUAAAUUUAGCACAAAAAAGCAAAAUAGAUAAAUAAGACAAAAUUUAAAAAUUGUGCACGCCGCCUGCAGCAGCAGCGGCAGCAGCAGCAGCAACGUCAGUGUCGACGCUGGCAGAGCGCAACACGCGCGCCUUUAAAACACACACACACACAUACACAUACAGAUGCUACAAAAAGCUCGCAGCGCAGCGAGCGCUACGCAGCGCCGUCGGCAAAUGCAGCGCCCAAAAUAAAAUAAGAUGAAAAAUGCGCGCAAAAAAAAAAUCAUCAAACAAAGUGCCAAAUUGUUAACAUGCAUACAAAAUACAAAAAUUAAUAAUAAAUAAAUUGAGCAAGCGAAAAUGUGAAAGCGUUUUGGCCGUGGACAAAAAAUAAAAAACAAAAAAAAAACGCAGAAAAGAAUAAGAAUACGAAACGAAGGAAAAGAAAAACAAUCGAGCGCGUGUUAUCGAUAACUGAGCGAUAUCAUGACCGAAUACGUGACGCCGAUGAUCAGCAGCGUGCUGAAAAAGUACCAGACGAGCGCCACCAAAAGCCUGCAGGGCCCCGCCGUGGCGCUCAUCAAAAAGGAACUGUCCAGCUCGCCGGAACCACAUGAACCACUGCAUGAACCGAGCGGCGUCGCUGGUUCCGCUGCCCUCAGCGAACGUGCACAGUUAUAUGCAGCACCGCUGCCUCUGCCGCCGGAACUGUCGCAGCCGAUCCUAACCCAGCCGGACACGGACUGCGGCGAACUGUACGAGACGCGGCUGGAGGGCAAAACGAUUGGCUGCUUCUCGCUGGGCGGCGAGAUGCGGCUGUGCCUGCCGCAGUUUCUCAACAAUGUGCUCAACGAUUUUACGCUGGAUCAGAUCAAUGGCAUUUUCGAGGAUCUGGGCAUCUCCUGUUCGCAGUGCACGCCCGAACAGCUGGUCGAGUUCAAGGCCGCCAAAAUCCUGCCGUCGGACGUGAAGGGCAGCGGCCUAAUCACGCGCACCGACGCGGAACGCCUCUGCGCCGCCCUCCUGCAUCGCUCCGACCGGAACAGCUAUGUGCCCGUGGAGAGCCUGGGCAAGGGCGCGCUCAGCUUUCAGGUGUAUCACAAGUGCUUUGGCAAAUGCGAGGGCAUCUGCACGCCGGACAUGUACUCAUACCAGAAGCCGACGUGCAUCCAGUGCUUGGAAUGCAAUUGCUGGUUCUCGCCCCAAAAAUUCGUGGGACACGUUCAUCGCAAGGUGGAGAAUCGCACCUGCCAUUGGGGCUUCGAUUCACGCAAUUGGCACGACUAUCUGCACGUGGCGCUCGAUGUGGAGAACCGGGAGAAAUAUCAACGCAUUUUGGAUCAGCUCAAGGAGGUCGAACUGAAGGAAAUGCACAAGGCGCAGUGCGAACUGGAUCACAAGAAACGAAAGGCGGAAAUGCUGAUGGAGGAUUCGCGGCUGUUGCCGCUGGGCUCGGUGGCGCCGCCGCAACCGGCGCUGCCGCCGUCAACGCACCAGACGCUGCCCGCCAGCCUGAAGCAUCAUCAUCAUCAUCAGCAUCAACGCGGUGGCGCCUCCGCUUCGCCCGUCGUUGCCGUUGCCGCCGCCGCCGCCGCCGACAUUCCGAGCAAGAAGCUAAAGGCGCCCCCAUUGGACAGCUAUCAUCCGGCCAUGGACUUGCAGCACUAUCACAUCAUGUACGCCCACUGCAUGCAGCAGCAGCAGCAGCAGAGGGAGCAGCAAAGGGAGCGGGAACGAGAACGGGAACGGGAGCGCGUGGAGCGCGUGGUGGUGGGCACGCAUCCGCUGGCAAGCAGCGCCUUUCAGCCGUGGCGUGCGGCGAAGCCAACGCCCGCUGCCUAUUUGCAGGCAUUCAAUGCAUUGUCCUCGCUGCCGUAUGCCUGCCAGGAGCCGCCGGAGCUUCAGAAUCCGGAGCGUGUCGUGCGCAGCACAGAUCGCGAGCGCUUCGAGCAGCACUAUCAGCCGAAUGUGGCGCUGGCGCCGCGCAAGAGCAUACUGUGCAAGGAGCGCGAGCUGGAGCGCCAGCGUCUACGGCAGGAGCAGGAGCUGCAGCUGGCGCACAUCAAACUGGAGCGCGCCGCAACGCCGCCGCUGGAGCCGCUGAAUGGCAGCAAUCACAGCAGCAACAGCAACCACAGCAACCACAGCAACAGCUCGAACAGCAGCUCGCCGAUGCCCAAGCCCGCGCUUGCCCAUUUGGUGGUGUCGCCGCCGGCGCCGCCGCCGCCACCGCCCCCGCCCAGCCAGACAGCGUUGCCGCUAGCGGCGCGCCAUGUGCCACGCAGUCCCGCCGAGGAGUUCUCGGCGGGCAGCAAUGAGAUUACCUCCUCCACAUCGCCGGUGCCAACAGCAGCAGCAGCAGUUGCAACAACAACUGGAGCAGCAGCUGGAGCAGCAGCUGGAGCGGUAGCUGGAACUGCAGCUGGAGCUGCGACGCCGAGCAGCCACAUUAUAGCCACCGUUAAUCAGCAUGCCAAGCUGCUGCCGACGAGCAGCAAUCAUCACCAUCACCACAAUAGCCACCACCACCACCACAACGAACCAAGUCGGAUUAGGAUCAACAAGAAUCUGAUGAGCCAGCAGCCGCCGGUGGCAGCGUCAAUUGCUGCACUGCAGCAGCCGAUCUACUAUAAGACGCCGCAUCCGGCAGCCGGCUAUUCGCCCACGCAGUCUUCCAGCGCCGGCGGCCUCAAUCUCAGCACGCACUCCUCCAAUGUGGUCAGCUCGCCGCAUGCCAAGCAGCAGCAACUGUUGCAGCUGCAACAGCAGCAACAGUUGCCAGCGGCGUCGGUGGCGGCGGCGGCGGCGCAGAAUGGCAAUGGCCAUUUGAAGCCGCAUUUGGGCAGCGAAUUCGAGCUGUCCACGGACACGGACGACGACAGUCUCAAUGGCGAGCCGGACAGCAGCGCCGCGAUGCUGCCGCCCUGGGAGCUGGCCGUGGAUGCGCUGCGCGAUACUCGCGCCAAGGAUCGGGAGCGUGUGCUGCACCUGCUACAGCGGCUGCUGCACGAGAAUCAAAAGUAUCGCGAUACAAAUGGGCAGCUGGGCGAGCUGCUGCACAAGCGGGACGCGGAGAUUGCGGAGCUGCGCGAGCAGCUGCAGCAUUGUCGACGCCAGUUGGAGGCGUUGGACAAGCUGCGUGUGGUGCCAUUGAAGCAAACGUUGCUCGAGCAGCGGCUAGAUGAGGAGAUGGACGAGGAGGAUCAGGACCACGAGGAGGAGGAGGAGGAGGAGGAGCUGCUGCUGGGCGGCGAGGAGGCGGAUAGCAAUGAGACGCUCACCCAGGAUCAGGCCAACAACAACAGCAGCAACAACAACAACAAGGAGCAGUCAAAUGGCCUGCGUCGCAGCCCAACGCCGCUCAACUGUUGCGCAACUGUUGCACAGCAGGAGGAGGAGGCGCCGGCGUGCAAGCGCCUCAAGCUGCAGGAGCAGCAACAGGUCAAGCCGGCAAAUGGACAUGCCAAGAGUCCAAGUCCAAGUCCAAGCGGCGCCAGCGCCAGCGACGACGACGACGACGAGGAGGAGGAGGAGCCGGAGGCGGAGGAGGGGGCAGAAGCGGAACUGGACGAGGCAAGGCAGCGGCGCACGGCGCAGGCGCAGGCGCCGCACAGCAGCGCGUUGACAACGCCGCCCACAGCGACCACGCCCCAAUCGCCAGACUCGGCCGCAACCGCCGGACAGCUGUUCGACAGCAGCAACAGCAGCGAUGAGUCAGCCAUGAAGAAGGCGCAAAUGUGCGCCAAAGAGGCGCUGGCCAAGAUUAGCAGCAACAGCAACAACAACAGCGAGGAGACAGAGGCAGAGGAGGAGGAGGAGGAGGAGGAAGAGGAGGAGGAGGAGGAGAAGGCAGCGACGCAGCAGGAAGACUCGGAUGAUGAUGAGAUGCCGCUGCAGCAGCGCCAACAACAACAGCAACAACAGCAGCAGCAACAGCAGCAGCAACAGCAGCAGCGACGCCAGCGUCGUGAAGUGACUGCGCUGCCGACGCCAGCGCCGACAGCGACGCCCAUUUUAAUGGCCACCAAAGCGAGCAAAAAGCAAACGCCGCCAAUUACAACAACAACAACAACAGCAACAAUAGCAACAAUAGCAACAAUAGCAACAACAAUAACAACGAACUGCGAAUUACAAAUCAAAAAGGAAAUUGUCUAAGCAGCAUCCCCUGCCCCCCCCCCCUCUCCCCUCACCCCUGCCCUACACCCACGCCUCGACCACCAAGCAGCUGCCGCAAACGCAUUGCAAAUUAACAGUUAGAACUUAGCUCAUAUAGUCGUCUCUUUCACACACACACACACACAGCAAGCUUUGCUUUGCUUAGUUUAAAACUUUAAGAAAGCAAAAACAACAAAAAAUGAAUACAAAUUGUGCUCAACGCUUAACGCACAUGAAAUAUCCUGUUGCGGGGGUAUGCUGUAUAAAAUACAAAACGAAAUGAAAAAAAAAACACACGACAUUUUUCAACACUUUCUCUGAACAUUUU